UUGAUAAACAUAUCUUGUUAUCUUUUAGCCGAUGAUCAACAUGAGAUAGGUAUCGAUGGGGCAAUUAUUCCAUGGAAAAAAGAGUUUUGGACUGCCCUUAGGGCGUCUGGCCUUUUUGAGAAUAUGAAGAAGGAAAUCGAUCCAAAUAGUGUGCUACCUCCAAAGUAUAAAUUAUUCUUUGAUUACGAUAAUACUAAUGGGAAUUUAUCUGCUGCAGUAGAUAAACAGUGGCAUGAGGUUGAUGUAAUCUCGAACGAACGCGUUACUUCUGGAAAACAUUUCCAGGAUACUCGUUUGGUUUCUUUUUCUACCACUGAACUUCCUUUGAAGCCGAAUUCCACUGAAAAGUAUGAGCCCGGAGAUGUACUCAUGGUUCAGCCCCGCAAUCUCACUGAAUCCAUACAGAUCGCUCUAGAUGCGCUGAAUUAUCCGGACGAUCUGCUUGAUCGUCCCUUCCGCUUGGAGCCUUCUGACGAGCUCAUCAAACUUCCAGCAAAGUGGCUACUAGGAGAGAGACCCACUCUUCGGUCAUGUUUCAAUCGACUAUUUGAUCUUCAAAUGAUACCUCGUAAAUCCUUUUUCCAAACUUUGGCCUCAAUCUCUACUAACGAAGCAGAGAAAGAGAAGCUACUCGAGUUUAUAAAUCCGGAAAACCUGGUAUGUUUUGAGCUAUGGACGAAAACUGGUCUUUAA